GCGGCCGUAAGCGGGACAUCCAAUCAGGAGAUGCAGGAAGUGGACGAGCGGACGAGUAUCGUAUCGUUGUUGUUUUGAGGACCGACAGACCGAAGCCCCCCUACUGGUUCUCCAUGAGUAGGGUCAACGAUGGACAACGACUCGGUGUUCUACAGCGACCGCACUGGGCCCACUAACCCCCUGCUGGACCAGCUGCCCAGCUACCAGUCUCUGCUGUACCGCCGCAAGCCCCCCAAUGGGGGGUCCAAGCGCAGGAGCAGCUCCAGGACCCGCGCGGGGUCCUCGGGCAGCGGGAGGUGGGGCGGCGCCACGGUGGCCCUCCGCGAGGAGAAGACCCCGCCCCUGCAGAGGCCGGUCCGGGAGCUGCCCAGGACCAUGGCGGAGAAGCGCCGAGACCGAGAGCAGCGUCUGGAACAGGACCGUGAGCUGAGCAGCUGGAGGCAGCGGAGGCGGAGCCUGCACCGGUCGCUGAGGAGGCUGAGGGCCGACCUGCAGGAGAGGCUGAGCGCCCUGGUGCUGUGGAGGGGAGACAUCCACCUCAUAGAGGGAAUGUUCGGCACGGGGAUCCUCUCCUACUUCUCCUUCCUGCGCUUCCUGGUUCUGCUCAACUUGGUCAUCUUCCUGCUGAUGUUCAGCUUCGUCAUGCUGCCCAUCAUCAUCGCCCCUCACGCCGGCGGGAACGUGACCUUCAACCAGGCCGACGGCAGUGUAUGCAGUGUGUAUCCCGCCAGCGCACGACGAGGCCUGGUCAUCUUCCACGAGCACAUCACAGACCUUCUCUCCGGCGGGGGCUUCUUGGAGCAGACCUAUCUGUUCUACGGCUACUACAAGGUGCACGCCAUUAGCUUCCCUGGGUUCACCUACAACCUGCCCCUGGCCUACCUCCUGGUGACAGUAGCAUACCUCUGUCUCAGCCUUGUGUGGAUCGUUCAACGGUCUGCCACCGGCUUCAAGAGGAACCUCAUCCAGGACGAGGAUCGCUUCCAGAGCUUCUGCAACAAGAUCUUCGCCGGCUGGGACUGCUGCAUCACCAACGAGGACGCAGCGAGCCUCAAGAGGAGCAGUCUGCUGUACGAGCUCAAGACGGAUCUGGAGGAGGAGAGAAUCAAGCAGAAGAUCGCCGACCGCAGCCGCAAGGAGAGGUGUCGUAUCUACACCAUCCGGCUGAUCCUCAACGUGUUCGUCAUCGCCGUCCUGGCGGCCUGCUUCUACAGCAUCUACCGGGCCACCAUCUUCUCCCAGAAGGCCCAGAUGGACAAGGUGAACUUCAUGCGGGACCUCAUCUACGAGUACCUGCCUUCUAUCGUCAUCACCCUGGCCAACUUCAUCACCCCGCUGCUCUUCUCCGUCAUCAUCAACUUCGAGGACUACUCCCCUGCCUUUGAGAUCCGCUUCACCUUGAUGAGGUGUGUGUUCAUGCGUCUCACCAGCAUCGGAGUGUUGCUCUUCUCCCUGUGGUCUCAGAUCACGCAGUGUAAGGAGGAGCCGUGUUUGUGCGGCUACAACCACCAGCUCUACUCGUGCUGGGAGACUCGAGUGGGCCAGGAGAUGUACAAACUCACCGUGUUCGACUUCAUCAUCAUUGCCGCCGUCACCAUCUUUGUGGAGUUCCCCCGCAAGCUGAUGGUGAACUACUGCGGCUGCGGCCUGAUGAAGUGGUGGGGCCAGCAGGAGUUUGCCAUCCCCCAGAACGUCCUGGAGAUCGUCUACGGCCAGACCAUCUGCUGGAUCGGCACCUUCUACUGCCCCCUGCUGCCCGCCAUCUGCACCAUCAAGUACUUCUUCAUCUUCUACAUCAAGAAGGUGUCCCUGGUGAACAACUGCCGCCCGGCCACCCGUCCGUUCCGGGCAUCCAGCUCCAACUUCUUCUUCCUGGUGGUCCUCCUGAUUGGCCUGGCUCUGGCCUCUCUGCCCGUCAUGGUGGGCGUCGGCCAGAUCAACUGCUCCCAGGCCUGCGGGCCCUUCGUGAACUACACCGUGUCCUGGGAGGUUCUGCCUCGCACCGUCUCCCUGCUGCCCAACAAGGCCCUGCGCGACCUCCUCUUCGCCCUCGCCUCGGAGGCCGUCGCCGUCUCCCUCUUCGUCAUCACGUGUGUGGGCAUGUUCUACGUCAUCGCCUUGGCCGGAGCUCACAAGAGGGUCAUCAACCAGCUCCGAGAGCAGCUGGUCAUGGAGGGGCGGGACAAGCGGUUCCUGAUCCAGAAGCUGUGUCAGGCCCAGAGGCUGACCCCCGCGCGGCCCCCGGCCCCCCCGGGGGGCCCCCAGCCCCUGGCCCGGGGGGGCCGGGACGGCAGCGCGGGCAGCAGGAGCAGCUGGGGCAGCCCCAGCUACCACACCAGCUUCUCCACCAACCACAGCGACGCCAUGUUCCUGGCCAACGCCCCCCCACACGGGUCCACGCACGUCUAGUGUGAGCCGGGGAUGUGACCUUUGACCUCCUUAACAGGGGGGUCAAGAUGGAGUCUUCACAUUCAUGGCUGUCACUUAGAGGUGGUUUCAUUGGAGGAGGGGUCGUCUUCCUUUUGGGGGGGAAGGAGGUCGACGGGAGAGAGAAAGACGAUGUGAAGCUCAAGCGUGUGAAUCUUUGGACUAAAGAUGGAAAAAUAAUGGUGGGGGAAAAGGUGCCUUCUGUGUGUGUCCUCUACAUUUUCCUUCCAGGAAGGACUUUUAUAUGAUGGGAAAACCACAUCUUCUACUUCUCAAUAUUAACUUUUUGUAUUACUAUAGGAAGUGCUUUAUUUACGUUGUAAAUGUCUUGUUUGGUCGAAGCGGGUCGUAAAGAAACAAUGUUUUGUUUGUUGCAGUUGCAUAUUGACCAGAAGUUGACACUUCUGGACUACUUGUCGCAAAACAAAUUGUUCCCUUUAAAUUGUUUUACAUUUGUCCAAUCUGUUAACUUUUAAGUUGUGCUGUUACUUUAUUUCAUCAAUGGCAUGUAACAAUAUAUUUGGUGUUUUGCCGAUUUUUGGAUCACAAUUCUUUACUUUUUGCCCAAUAAAGUAAUUUGGUCAUGUUUUCCAAGAA